AUGACGGAUACCGGCAGUACUCCUGGCUGCCGGAGCUUCUUCCAGGCAACCUGGUUGCCAAGGAGGUUCCUUACCGGCAACCUGAUUGGUCUUGAUCAGGUUGCCAAGGAGGGGUCCUCUCCAGAAACCUGGCCAAGACCACCGGCACCGAGUACCGCACCCGGCGCCUGUUGGUGGGUUCCGGAGGAGUGGAGGCAGUACACGCCAACGGGUCCCGGGUACCGCCCAAGGGGUACCGCAAGGCCAUCUUUAACUAUGCUCCGGGAGGGUCCCACGCGGGAAUUGACCCGGACACCGGCAGAGAAAAACCGCUUCUACGAUUGGCUUCUCACAAUGGGUAUGGAGGGAGAGAUGGAGGCCAUUGGGGAUGCACAGAAGUUUGCCAUUCAGGCGGCUUUGACAAACAAGGACUGUACCACAGUCCACAACAUCCAGACGUUUAUUUCAGGAUCAAUCACCAAGGCUACUCUGACAACCAGGGUAAUCGAGGUGGUCAUAGCUAUGGUCAAAACGAUAAUAGAUACUCUUCAGGAUUAUCCUCAGGGCUGUCAGAAUUCAGGAAGAGGUUAA